AUGUCUACACAGGAUAUUUCCUAUGGCUACCUUUCGGACACACACCCCGACGUGUACCGUAAUAUAGGCCGGUCACGUGAUGUGCGCUUGUGGAGCCUCAAAUCUCGCGCCGUCCCCGUCUCCGCUCCACUUGUGCCCGGACUGGUCGAUACAUACGCCGAACGCAGUGUGCUGGAGGGUAUAUUGUAA